CAAGAAACGUCUUUAAAAUGAUCCGGAUGUUCUACGUCCCGUUUUUGCAUUUGUAGAAGCAGACGAAAAGUUUCAACGUGGUUAGAAUAAUUCCCAUAGCCUACAAUGGGUGAAAGAAAAGGUGUGAAUAAAUAUUACCCACCUGACUAUGAUCCAUCCAAAGGGUCUCUUAACAAAUGGAUUGGUCAGCAUCCUCUUCGAGACCGAGCCCGCAAAAUUCACAAGGGAAUACUUGUUAUUAGGUUUGAAAUGCCUUAUAACAUUUGGUGUAAUGGCUGUAACAAUCACAUUGGCAUGGGUGUGCGAUACAAUGCAGAAAAAAGCAAAGUUGGAAAUUACUACACCACUCCUAUCUACAAGUUUCGCAUGAAAUGUCACUUGUGUGACAACUACUUUGAGAUUCAGACAGACCCAAAGAAUCAUGACUAUGUAAUCCUUGAAGGAGCUCGAAGGAAAGAACAGAGGUGGGACCCUAAGGAAAAUGAACAAAUUGUACCAGAGGAUAAAGGAACACAAAAGAAGCUUGCAACAGACCCAAUGUACAAGCUUGAGCAUGGCAGUGAUGAUCAGUAUCGUGGAAAAUCAUCUGUCCCCAGUAUAGCACAGAUUGAAGAUAUGCGUGAUGCCUGGCAGGAUGAUUAUAUCCUCAACAGAUUAGCUCGUAACAAAUUCAGAAGAAGAAGCAGAUCAUUGCCAAAUCAAGCAGUAGAUAAGGCUCUACUUAAAAAGUCGUCCCUAGACAUAGAACUUGUUCCUGAAACAGAGCAAGACAGAAGAUUAGCUAGCCUCAUCAAAUACUCUGUCACUAAGUCAUUUGAUGAAAAACAGCAGGAGACAAGGAAAGCUAUUGCAAGUCGACCCCUUUUCAAAGGAACUAAUAAACCGUUGUCCAGUGCUUGUGGACUAUCUGGUGAAGAACUCAACAAAAGAACAGAAAUUAAACAAAAACUGGGACUUCAUUUAACUUCACCAAGAGUUGAACAAUCAUUAAAAGACAAACAAUUUAAAGUAUUAGUGCGUAGUGUUCAUAAGACAUCCAAAAAGCAGUCCAUUACCAUAUAAAAUUGAUGGAGGCAUGGACAAAGCAGAACCUGGUAUGGAUCUUGAAAACGCUAAAAAAGACUUGUCUUGCACUUGUGCUAAAGCAGAUGAAGAGGAUGAAAGUCUGUUGAAAAAACACAGCGAAGAUAGACUCUCUCCUGAAGCAAUGGAAAAAUGUGGUGACGUUAGUAGUUUAAGUUCUUUGAUGGCUGCAUAUUCUGACAGUGAUAGCUCUGAGUCACUUUCUUAAACGUCUUCAAAUUCGUUACAAAUCUGGAAUUUUCCAUCAGAAAAUAUUAAGCAUAGUCAAUAUUCUAACAGUUUGGACAGCAUCUUAUAUUUUUCUCACAAGCAUAAAAAUAUGCCAUGAUCUGAUAUGAAAAGAUUUUUAUGAAACUUGUUUUAUUAACCUGUGAAAUUUUUUCUGGUGCAAGCCAUUUUUAUUUUAAAUGUCCAUUUUCUAUUAGGGGUGCUAUUAUUUGCAGCAUGAUAGAUAUUGAUUAAGCAUGUUUCUCACCUUUUUUUUUUUUUGAUAGAGCUAUCAAUACUAAUACAAAAUAUCUUUAUUAAUCCUUGUCAGGAAAUUACUGACUGUAACACACUUCAUCACUGUGCAUAAAAUAGCGAGACAUGAUAUAAAAGAACAUAAAAAUUACAGUCGCAUUCUAGUACUCCUUUCUCAUCAUUUAUGCUGGCACUUAAGUCUCAUCAUUUAUGCUGGCACUUACCGUCUCUCUCAUGUGUAUGAAACACUUUUCAAGCAUUUAUAUUGUAAAAAUAGGAAAAUGAGGUGUGUGAAAUCGGUUAAAGAGUUUGCAUAAACAGAUUCCUUGCUACUCCUCAGUCAGGAGCAAAGGCCACAGCAGCUUUAGAGUAGGUAUAAUGGCCAUCUGCAUUCAUGUGUCCUGUUUUUCAGUUGAUCAUCUGCAGCCAGGAUGAGUGCAAAUGAUGGUUUGAGCUAAUGGAACUCUGAACCCACCAAUUUUUGUGCCAUGUUGUCUUUGAAGCAUAUAAUAUAGUUGACUUAUGUGAAUCUGUUUAAUUGAUGCAAAAUAUAGUAAAGGCAGAUGAUAACAUAAGCAUUGAGGCACUGCAGCUGAUAUAUGUAUGCAUGUAUGAAAAUAUGGCUAUAAAUCAUGGUAAGUCAUUUGUGUGGUGGGAGUGCUGAAUCCACUUGUUCCAAAUGUGUACAAUUUUGAGUGGUUCUGUGUUCAAAGUGUUAUUUGCACACCUCCCAAACUCUUGAUCUGCAGCCAAUUUAUCAGAUCAACAUUAAACACUAUUUAUUCGUGUUGUGAUAACGCCUUGUCCCCACUUCCCAUAUUUUAAAACACGUUGGAGGAGAAUCAUUUAUUACUUGCUGUGAUUUUUGCCUUGGCGUUCUGUGCAACAGCUGUAGCUGUUUAUUGCAUGGUUUUGAAGGACUUUUCGAAUAUAUAAACCCUGUGAGAGCAAACUGGUAAUGUGACCAGUUUGGUCAAAACAGGUACCUGAA